CUCUCACGCGACGGAAAUUCGAGCAUACCAACUACAAACCUACUUUCGCUUCCGGGUUUCUGUCAGUGUUUUAGGCGCUUAAAUAGUCCAAUCAUUAGACGCCAUCAUGACAAGCUAUCCUUCAGCACCUCCUCCAUCCUAUAACAUGGCAACUGGCCACCAAGACAACAAACAAGGGGGUUAUACAUAUGGUGGUGGAUAUGGACAAGAAGGAAUGGCAGCUCCUGCAUCUAGCUAUCCAAAUCAAUCAUACAACCCUCAACAGACUCAACCAGUAGCAAGCUCCGUAAACUGGAGCGGUCAAACUGCCGAACAUUCCAACACAAGCCGUGUUGCCACACCUAAUGAUUCAUUUCCAAUGGGAGAUAUGUCAUCAUUCUCUGACAAGAACAUCAGACGCAGUUUUAUCAAAAAGGUUUACCUGAUCCUCAUGGUCCAGCUUCUCUUUACAUUUGGAUGUGCUGCACUGUUUUCACUCGUAGAUGAAAUUAGCCAUUGGGUCCAAGGAGACGGUCGCAUAUUUUACUAUGUAUCCUAUGCCACGUUCAUUGUGACAUACUUUGUCCUGGUUUGUAUUCCAUCUGUGCGGAGGAAGACCCCGGGGAACUACAUCUGCCUGUGUGUGUUUACGUUGGUGUUUUCUUACAUGGUCGGCACUAUCUCCAGCUUUUACGAUACAUACAGUGUGCUGAUUGCAGCAGGAAUUACUGCUCUUGUCUGCCUGUCUGUCUCCUUGUUUGCUAUUCAGACCAAGGUUGACUUCACCAUGUGCCAUGGACUGUUGUUUGUUCUUGUCAUGGUCCUCUUCUUUUUCGGUUGGUCUGUGCUGAUUGUGUACUUAACAAUUGGAUUCAGCUAUAUUCUCCAUUGUGUUUAUGCUGGUGUGGCUGCUCUCAUUUUCUGCGUGUUCCUGGUAUAUGACACGCAGAUGAUUGUAGGAGGCCGCAAGCAUGAACUGAGUCCAGAGGAGUACAUUUACGGCGCCCUGCAGCUUUACAUUGAUGUCGUGUACUUGUUCCUCAUCAUUCUCUCCUUAUUUGGAAAAUCAAACUAGAAUUGAGAUGUGUGUCUUGUUUACAUUAGGUUUCUCUCAUAGCCAUAUUACAACUUGGGACAUACUAACAUGAUAAAAGUGUUUUUAUAAUAACAGGUUUGCUUAAUACCACAUGCUAUAGUUACAUUGUAAAAAACAAUACUCUUUUUUCAUUGUUUUGGAAAACUUACAUUUUUGAACAUGGGCAUCUGACUGACUUACAAAUGAAUGAAAGAAAAGUCAUACAAAGGAUGUAGGUUAUUUUUGGCAUUUUAAGACAGUUUUGAAAUAAAUUAUAAAGUUCCAGAAAACAAAUUGAUAUCUAAAAUAUUAUGACUGAUCAAAUGGUUGUCAGGCUUUCUCUCUUUUAAAAGAAGUCUGGAGAUUGGAGCUCUCCGUGGUGGGGAUAUUACUUUUGAAAAAAGCAAUGUUUUGUAGAAAAAAAUUCUUUCAUGAUUGGUAUUGAUUCUGGGCCAACAACUGACUUUUACAUGUGCCACUUUUCCAGAGUUGAAAUUUACGCACAUAUUCUGACACCAAUGUUAGAUCCAUGAUGUCUUACUAAAGAGAAUUUCAUCAAGGUCAAAGAUUAUUUUGAGGAUUUCAUAUCCAUCCUUGAUGACUCAAUUUCUUCUAAUGCAGGACAGGUGAAUCCAGGCUUGCUACGUUUACAAAUGUACGUGUAUAUUGUCUUUGUCUAAUGGUGGGUUUGGGAUGAUUGGAUUUACCUGUCAUAACUAUUUAUGAAAUAUUCAAUUCACAAUGCAGUAAUGUCAUUUAAAAUGAUGUAUUGAUUCUCUAAUUAAGAAAAUAUGCAGAUGAAAAAUCCAACAGGGUCAGUUAAAAAAUAAUGCACAUCUUGUGUUUGGAGAUUUCAAAAUUUCCUUCUUUAGGGUAAGAUUUUUCUAUCACAACUCCAAAGUGUUGAAAUUUUGUAUUGUGUUAUAACCUGUGAUUUCAUUAACAUUUCAAAAUCUUUGUGAGCUAAGAAUUCAUUGUCAUCAACUUGGUUUUUUCAUCCAAGUCUAAUACACAGUUAAAAUAGCAACAAAGUCAUCCUAACCGUUUCCUUUUUCAUUUGUGAUGUUUCAUAAUGGAUGUUAUUGACACAAAAACUGAUCUGUACCUUAAGUAAUGUGUUGUUGAUUGUAAGAAUAUCACAUUCAUAAUUUCAUCAUCACAAUCACAUGAUGUCUGAUUUUCUUCUCACCAAAGAUCAAAAAUACAAUUAUGAUACAUACACCAUGUGAAACUUUAUUUAAUCCUCUACGGAUCUACCCGAGGACGUACCGCAAAGUUCCACAUGAGGAGUGUUGGAUCGCCCUUUAAUUAUUAAUCAUGAUAGAUGUAUAACGGAAAUAUAGGUUCAAAGUGAUAUUUUAUUAUUUUACAUUAUCGAUGUAAAGUAGUUUCAUUGAAGAAGUCGUAACGAAACCUCAUUGUCAUAAACACAAUUAUAACUUCAGUGGUACCACGAAAGUUUUGAACGGUGCCUUAAUUAAGCUUUACUUGAACACCUUAAUAUACUGGAAUGACAAGCCUUAUAAGGAAAUGUCUACUGACCACCGAAAGUUGCAUAGAAUCAAUAUUAAAUAUAUCAUUGAUUUCAGUGACGAUGGCAUGUCAGUGAUAUGUGAUCUCCUUAAUACUUACAUGUAGAUGUCAGAUUGGUCGGGGCCGUCGCACUGGAAACUUCAAACAUCUUUUCAACAAAUUUCAUUUAGUUCAGUUUUCAUGAAGAAAACUACUCUAGUGGUGAUUUAUUUAUUUUUUUUUUUGUCUUCAAAUAUGUUGAUGAUGACUUUGGAUUGACACAACAUAAGUCACCUUUGUGUUCACUUUUAAAACCCAAAUGUUCUGUUCUUGAAAUGUACAGUUAUUAUAAACAUUCUUUUUCUCAACAUUUUUUGAGCAGCAAAAAAUCUGUACUGAGAGCAAAACCCUUGGAUUUAAAGAUGCACAAGUAAUGGUAGGACAUUAGUUUUGCUUAAUGCUGCUAUAUCAUUACUAAGGUGGAAAUUCGUCGAUGCCAAAGAAAACAUUUGUCAAUUUGUGUCCUGUUAAUGUCAUUUAUGUUCCUUUUUGUUUUGUGAGAUUCAGAUGACCCCUGUUAUGUUGACCUGUGAUGAGUAUGUGUUUUGUAAGACUAAUGUUUGUGUCUCAUAAAAAUCUUCAUUCAUGCUACGAUACAUUGUUAUAUAAUGUUUACACUGAUGUGUCAAAUCCAUUUUAAAUGUAUCUUGCAUAAAAACACAGUUUGUUUUUAUGUUUUCUUUUCCUUGGAAUUGGUAAAUCUUAUUGCCAUUCACAUUAAAAAAAAAAAAAAAAAGGAUUGUGAAAUCUAGUCCAUCUGGACUGAUUUCCUUAUGAGUAUGUUUGUGUUUCUAUUAAGAUGUGGAACUAAUUUUUGUGGUGACAACAUCCACUAACAUAUCUAACCAAAAGUGUAGAUGGGUUUUAUUUAUAAGUCAACAUUGACUUCAUCUCCCUAUUUAGUUACAAAUGUCAGAAUAAGUGCAUUAUCAGGCCUCACUUGUAUAAAACAUCUCAACUUGAGAUUUCCUCAAGUCGAGAUUUUCCUCAGCUGAUAUUCAUCAAAAACGGCUUGUAUAAAAUUUUCUCAAGGAACAGGAGGAAGUCAUUGGCUAGGAUGUCCUGAAAUUCCUUGAGGAAUUUUCAUACAAGAUAUUUUCAAGAAGAUAUUAGCUGAGGAAAAUCUAGGCUUGAGGAAAUCUCAAGUUGAGAUGUUUUAUACAAGUGGGGCCUGAUAUGCUAAAUACAUCAGCCAGUAGCUUGCCAUAUUUUAGUUGGAUAUAUUUUAUUUGCUGAAAGUUCAAAUGGAGAAUGGUAACCAGUCUGACAAGUCAGAAAGCUACCUUGUAAUAUCUACAAUGGAAAAGGAUAACCUUAUUGUGUCAUAUAAUACAGCAUUGCAAAAGUAGUAUGAUCAUGUAGUUUUAAAUGUUUGUGUUAUGGAGCUUUGCUGGCUUUACUGACAAAAUGGUCAAAGAAGCUGCACUAGAUAUGAUAAUAUUCAUCUUCAUUAUCUACUUAAGAUACGAAUAAAAGAUCACAUACCAUUUCAGAUUAUGAAUAUCUAUCUCUUUUGGAUUUUCCAUCAUCACCAAUAUUUUUAAUUUUGGAAAACAGGAAAUUAAAUGUUGAACGAGCAAUCUUAUGAUGUACAUAUAUUUGUUUUUAUGAUAUCAUUAUUCUUUGGAGGGGAUAUGCUAGUCAUUUUAAAUGUGAUGGAUGUAGGGAAAAAUUUUAAUCAUCAAAAUUGCACUUUUAUUAUCAUAUUACAUUUAUUGUAUAUAUCUCACAAUCACUUACGUUUUAAUCAAAUUUGAUAUAAGUAAGAUUAUGUUAUUCUUUUUCCAGUGGACCAUACAAUUUAAAAGAAAAAUAUUGUUUGCAUAUA